AUGGAGUCCUUGACUAAAGCGUCCAUGAAGGUUUGUCCCUUCGUGAAAUCCAGAUCCACUCAGGCUCUUCGUCAAAUGAGCGAGGCUCUGACCUUGAGUAAGCAUGCCAGAGCUUGCCCAUUUGUGGGUGCUGCCAUGGCUGCUAGAGAGUACUCUCAGUCUUCCAAGCCUGCCGCUGCUUCAAGCGCCCCUGCUGGAUCCUCAUCUCGUAUUCCUGCUGGUUACUCCUUCUCCGGAAGCGACUUGGUCUCCAACACAAUGGAGAUAGUGGACAGAUCCUCCCAGGAGAAGGCUUUCGACUACGACGGCUUCCUUGGUAAUGAGAUCACGAAGAAGAGAACAGACAAGUCAUACCGUUACUUCAAUAACAUUAACCGUUUGGCUGAGGAGUUCCCAAAAGCCCACUUGGGUAGCGAAGGCGAGAGGGUCACCGUGUGGUGUGCCAACGACUAUUUGGGAAUGGGAACCAACGAAAAAACAAUCCAGGCCAUGAAAACAACCUUGGAUAAGUACGGUGCGGGUGCCGGUGGUACCAGAAACAUCGCUGGGCAUAACCGACAUGCCAUCGCCUUGGAAGCUGAACUUUCUACUUUGCACAAGCACGAGGCUGCUUUGGUUUUCAGCUCUUGCUUUGUGGCGAAUGACGCUGUGCUCUCACUUUUGGGCCAGAAAAUGAAGGACUUGGUGAUCUUCUCCGAUGAGUUGAAUCACGCCUCAAUGAUUCAGGGUAUACGUAAUUCGAGAGCCCGAAAGGAGGUGUUCAAGCAUAACAACUUAAAAGAUUUGGAGGAGCGCUUAGCCAAGUACCCAAGAAACACCCCCAAAUUAAUCGCUUUUGAGUCCGUUUAUUCCAUGUGUGGUUCCAUUGCCCCAAUCGAGGAAAUCUGUGACUUGGCCGAUAAGUACGGCGCUUUGACUUUCUUGGACGAAGUUCACGCCGUUGGUAUGUAUGGUCCUCAUGGUGCUGGUGUUGCCGAACACUUGAACUUUGAGGAGCACUUGCAGUCGGGUUUGAACAGAAUCCGUCCAGACUCUGUUAUGAACAGAAUUGACAUGGUUACUGGUACCUUAGGUAAAGCUUACGGUGUUGUCGGUGGCUAUGUCACAGGUAAGCAAAGUAUGAUCGAUUGGAUCCGGUCAUUUGCUCCUGGAUUUAUUUUCACUACUUCGUUGCCUCCUGCUGUCAUGGCUGGUGCUUCCGCCUCGAUCAGACAUCAGAGAUCAACAUUGAUGGACAGAAUUGCUCAGCAAAAGAACACUAGGUAUGUCAAAAAUAAUUUGGGCAACAUUGGUAUUCCUGUUAUUCCAAACCCUUCGCACAUUGUGCCAGUGUUGGUCGGCAAUGCCGCUGAUGCGAAGAAAGCCUCGGACUUGUUGUUGAACAAGCAUAACAUCUACGUUCAGGCAAUCAACUUCCCUACGGUUCCUAUUGGACAAGAACGGUUGAGAAUCACGCCAACUCCGGGACACGGUCCUGAGAUUGCUAACGAAUUGAUCGGUGCGGUUGACUCCGUUUUCAAUGAACUUAACUUGAAGAGAGUUCCUGCUUGGGAAAGAGAGGGAGGUCUUUGCGGUGUAGGCGAGAGCAACUCGCAACCUGUGAAGCACAUUUGGACUGAUGAGCAGUUGUCGUUGCAGGAUCGUGACUUGAACCCCAAUGUCGUCAACCCUGUGAUCGCACCGAACGCUGUGAGUUCUGGUAAUCUGAACGGAUUCACCGCUGAGCAGCCAAAGCCAUUUGACGAUGUCCUAGAUGACGAGGCUAUCCUACCGUUCCUUCCCAAAACACUUGUCGGUCUUGACACACAAUUGUUCACAUUCACGGAUGCAUACAUCAGCAUUCUGUCGCCUCUUGCCAGAGGACUAUUCCAGCUAAUCAACGAUCUUUGUGAGCCAGCCAUACUUUAUAGACGUCUCCAUGGCUCUGUUGAGAAACUAAGAGGCAACAAUCCUUCACCUAUAAAAGCUGCCUUCAUGCAAGUUUUGGGUUCAAAAUUGACUAGCUAUGCGUCAGAUGUCAGCAGCAUCUUUCAUAAGAAUCCCAGAUCACUACUACAUGUGUAUCAUGAACUUCAAGAUGUGAUAAUUGAGCUACGAACGUUAGCACAUCUACAUCAACAAAUGGAAGUACUUGAUGGGUUUCAAUUUCUUGAAGAAACUUUCAAGCUUGCAAGCUUCGGAGAUUUCCUUGUGAGACUGCUGGCGAGUGUUGUCUACGAUGAAUUAAAGAAACCUUACUUCCAAUACAUGGAGCACUGGAUCCUCCGUGGUGAGUUGGUUGAUUCAUGUAAUGAGUUUUUUGUCUCCUUCGAUGCUUCUGCUGAUCACAUUAAUGAUAUCGUCAAAUUUCAUCGUGAAAGGCUUCCAUUAUUUAUGGACUUCAGCGAAGAAGACUGUAAUAAUAUCUUCCAAAUUGGCAAGACGCUCAUCUUUCUAGAUAAGUUCUGCAAGGAACUUGAAUGGCUCAGCGCUUACGUAAAGCACUAUUCAGCCUAUAUUUUUAACGAGAAUCUGGGUUUGAUAUCGCUUGACCGGACUUCCCUCAAGACACUUUUUCAGGUUCAGUUUGGCGAGCUUAUAAAUUAUCUUAACUCGAUGGCCUAUCAUAAGUACGAUUUGUUUGAGCAUCUAUCGAAUUUGAAAAGGAUUAUGCUCAUAGGUUCAAGCGACUUUGUUGAGCUGAUCAAUGAAAGAGGACUUCAAAUGUUCAAUGAGCCAGCCUCAUCCUUGACAUCCGGGAAAUUGGCAGGUUUACUUUCGAGUGCAAUUGAUAACUCCUCGAUUCGGAUGUUGCCCCAAAGGUUUCAACUGCGCAUAGACGCUCGGAUAUUAGAUUUGAGCCACGGAAGUAUUGGAUGGGAUGUGUUCACCUUGGAAUACAAGCUUAUGGAUCCCCCACUAGAGUUGCUUCUCAAUGACAAGAACCGCAAGCUUCCCAUUCUUGACAAAGCCUUUGCUGAUGCAUUUGCAUAUCAGACAAGCCCGUCUUUUCCAAAAAUUAAAAGAGUUUCAUUGGCUAAGCUUAACGUUGUGGAGCACACCAUUGAUGAAUUGACGGCGAUGCAUCUGAAGUAUCUAAAAGGAAUCUACGAUUGCAAACUUAUCAACGAAAAUUACAAAGGAAAAAUUAGUCGAGAGCCGUUGAUUGAUCAAAUUUUCAGCUUCAUGGAAAUUUUGUUUGCAUUUAUCAAAAGCAGUGAAGAGUUCAGCUCCUCGGUAGUGAGUUACGUCAACUUGCUUGACUUGAGCACGUCGGUCGAUACGAAUGCAGGUAUUGCGUUCGAGGGUGAUUUGGAACAUCUUCACGUGCGCCUAGCAGACCUCAUGAAAGUGAUGUACAAUGACCUCUUUAAGAACAGUUUUGAGCCAAGACUCGAUAUUUUUACGAAAGACCUUCGUGCAGAUUUGGAUCUCAAAGAUUUGAGCAAGAUGGUGUGA